AUGAGAAGAGCCUCCUGAGCAGCCAUGGAGGGGUUACAGCUGCGGCAGGCACCCUGCAGCCGGAGCUUCCUCAAGCUCACUGCCAUGGAGCUGAAGUGGAUCCAUGUCUUGGUCGUGUUCCUCCUCCUGCUGUCCGUGGCCAUGACCGGCUGCUUCCUGUGGCAGUACAGCCUCCCCAAGGUGGAGCCCAAUCCAUCCGUGAUGGAGGUGAGGUCAGAAGCUGUGCAGAUGUGUCCCCGCUACCCUGAGCCAGUGCCACUGGACCACCCCCUCCCCAUCCUGAAGGAAGCACUGGAGAAGGUGGACCAGAUGCUGCGGCAGAAGAUGCACAGCUCCGGGCUCCCGGCCAUGUCGGCCAUCGCCAUCUACAACGACACCGUGCUCUGGACGGGCAACUUCGGCAAGAGGAACGCCUCCGACCCUGCCUCGGGGGCGCCCAACGAGUACACCAUCUACAGAAUUGCCAGUGUCUCCAAGAUCUUCCCCACCAUUAUGUUGUACAAGAUGUGGGAGGAAGGAAAAGUCACAUCCCUUGAUGACCCCUUGGAGCGUUAUGCCCAGAACUUCGUUAUCAAGAACCCUCUGGGGAGGCUCAAGGACUCAGAGCAGAGAUACACAGCAGAUGGCCUGGUGUUUUUGGAAAAAGGCUCGGUGCCCCUGAAGCCAUCCCUGGUCACCCUGCGCAGAAUGGCCAGUCAGCUCUCAGGUCUGCCCAGGAGGCUGCGAUCCACCAGCCUGCUCUGGAAGGGCAGCACUCAGGAUGCCCUCACGCUGCUCAAAGACGACGUCCUGGUGGCUGACCCAGGAACCAGAUGCCACUACAGCAACCUGGCCUUCUCCCUGAUGGCCCACGUGCUGGCUGAGCACGCGGCCGAUGGGCAGUACCAGCGCUGGAUCUCGGAGAACAUCCUGGAGCGCCUGGGCAUGGAGGACACGGGCUUCGACAUCACGGCGCCCGUCCGCUCCCAGAUGGCCGUGGGCUUCUACGGCAGCCAGCAGCCAGCCCCGCUCUACGACCUGGGCUGGUACCGGCCCUCUGGCCAGAUGUACUCCACGGCUGCCGACCUGGCCAAGCUGGCCAUGGUCUUCCUGGGCACUUACCACCGCCGGCUGCUCGAGCCCGACACGGUGAAGACAAUGCUGACACCCCUGCUGAAAUGCUCUGUGGAUUACUUUGCUAACAAGACAGGCACACCCUGGGAGAUCAACGAGCAGUUGGGAUAUGAUGUCAUCAGGAAGGAUGGGGACCUUGAUGGUUACUCAGCAACCUUCUCUCUCAUCCCCAAGCUCCGCCUGAGCUUCAUUGUGCUGAUGGCAGGGCCCAGACCACAGGGUGGGGACAUUGUGACUCAGACGUACGAGUAUCUCAUCCCUGCCAUGGAAACAGCAUUCAGAGAGGCUGACAAAAGCUUGGUUCCUCCUCCAAACCCAAUCCCUUAUGUUGGCUACUACACCUAUUCCAACCUGACUUUCUAUGAGAUCAAAGUUGGAAUUGGUGGGGUGCUGCUCAUGCAGCAGUUUGGGCCUCACGUGGAAGAGCUGAUCCCUGAAAAGUAUCGGACAAUCAAGCUCCACCACCUGGAAGAUCGCGUUUUCCAAGUCGUUUUUGACAAGGAGUUCCCAUGUGUUCUGCACCUGGGCUCUGCCUCCAUCUCACUGGAGACACAGAAUGGGCAGCUCUUUAACUUCUACCCCUUCGACCGCAAGGGUUUGUCCCCUGGCUUUGAUGCCCCGGGCCUGAACACCUACAACGUGGUGCGUGUCCUGCGCAAGCCCGUGUUCUACAGCUAA